UGUUAAAUCGACUGUGUACAAUCUGACAGCGAUCGCGGGAGCUGGUGUUUCGCUCUUAUAGCAGUCAUUCCCCCGGUUGGAUCGUUGGGCACGAUGAAGUGACAACGCGUCCGUAUCGCCGCAACUGGGAUCUCAGGAUUUCAGCUCAACUGGUUUUUCGCCACUUGACGUGGGUGACUCGAGAAUAAGGCUGGCAGGCCUGUCGAGAGGCAGGCAGCAUGGCUGAGCCCAGGCGAGACCGCACUAGCAGCCUGCAGAGAAAGAAGCCACCAUGGCUCAAACUGACCAUUCCUUCUGCCCAGAUGUCUCUAGAUGAACCACCCACCUUUGUCCAGCCAAUGAAAAGGCAAGGGUUCCUCCGCAGUGUGAGCAUGCCUGUUGAACCCUCACAUCUUGCAUCCCCGCAAAGGGACAUUUUUGACCAUCGACGACUGGCACUGCAGCACCAGACCUCCAUUACACAGACCAUCAAGAGGGGCACAGCAGACUGGUUUGGGGUUAGUAAGGAUGGUGACGCUACACAGAAAUGGCAGAGGAAGAGCCUACGUCACUGCAGCCUGCGCUAUGGCAAGCUGAAGCCUCAGGUAAUCCGGGAGAUGGAGCUCCCCAGCCAGGACAACAUUUCUUUGACCAGUACAGAGACACCACCACCGCUAUACGUACCCUCAUCUCAGCAUGGCAUACCAAAGAUCGUGGACCCACUGGCGCGUGGCCGGGCCUUCCGCAUGGUCGAAGAGGUGGACGGCUACAGCGUACCCCAUACACCCAUCACACCUGGUGCUGCCUCCCUCUGUUCCUUCACCAGCUCUAGAUCUGGUCUCAACCGGGUACCGCGCAGACGCAAGCGUGAAUCUGUAGCCAAGAUGAGCUUCAGGGCAGCAGCAGCACUUGUCAAGGGACGAUCGUUCAGAGAAAGCACCCUGCGGCAGGCUCACAGACGCAGUUUCACCCCAGCCAGUUUUAUUGAGGAGGAUGUGGUGGACUUCCCCGAUGAGCUGGACACAUCCUUCUUUGCCAGAGACGUGCAUGAGGAGAUGUCUACGUUCCACGAUGAGGUGUUCGAGUCUCCUGACUCCACCACCAAGGAUGUGGAGAGCAAGCAGCUGGAUGAAUCAGAGCUGACGGGCAGUGCGCUGGACAAGAGCGAACUGGAGAGGAGUCAUCUGAUGCUACCUCUAGAAAGAGGCUGGAGAAAAACCAAAGAGGGAACUCCUGCGCCACCCAAAGUCAGGCUAAAACAGGAAGUGGUCAGUGUAAGCGGGCAGCGGCGAGGGCAGAGAAUUGCUGUGCCUGUUAAAAAGCUGUUUGCACGUGAGAAAAGGCCUUAUGGACUCGGCAUGGUGGGCAAACUGACCAAUCGGACAUACCGCAAACGCAUCGACAGCUAUGUAAAGAGGCAGAUAGAGGACAUGGAUGUUUAUCGGCCGUUCUUUACCUACUGGAUCACAUUUGUCCACCUCCUCAUCACCAUCUUGGCUGUGUGUAUUUAUGGAAUAGCACCCGUGGGAUUUUCUCAGCAUGAGACCGUUGAUUCUGUUCUAAGAAAUAAAGGUGUCUAUGAGAAUGUGAAGUUUGUGCAGCAGGAGAAUUUCUGGAUUGGACCAAGUUCGGAGGCACUGAUUCAUCUUGGAGCCAAAUUCUCACCCUGUAUGCGGCAGGACCAGGAGGUUCACAAGCAGAUCCAGAAAAAGCGUGACACUGAACGCAACUCAGCCUGCUGUGUGCGAAACGACCGCUCAGGGUGUCUGCAAACAUCUGAGGAGGAGUGCUCAAGUACACUGGCUGAGUGGGUGAAGUGGCCACAGCAAGACCCACCACAGCUGAAUGGCAGACCUCGUCAGUAUGGAUCCGUCUGCCAUCAGGAUCCCAGGACCUGUCUAGAGCCAGCCUCUGUAGCACCUCAUGAAUGGCCUGAUGACAUCACUAAAUGGCCGAUCUGCACUAGGUAUAACACGGGAAAUCACACUAACCUGCCUCAUAUCGACUGUACAAUCACUGGCCGACCUUGCUGUAUUGGAACUAAAGGAAGGUGUGAGAUCACAUCGAGAGAGUACUGUGAUUUUAUGAAGGGUUAUUUCCAUGAGGAAGCAACACUUUGUUCUCAAGUACACUGUAUGGAUGAUGUGUGUGGCCUUCUACCAUUUCUGAAUCCAGAGAAACCUGACCAGUUCUACCGGCUAUGGCUCUCUCUCUUUUUACAUGCUGGGAUUCUGCACUGCCUGGUUUCAGUGCUAUUUCAGAUGACAAUCUUGAGAGAUCUGGAGAAGCUGGCUGGCUGGCUGCGCAUCUCCAUUAUAUACAUCCUGAGUGGCAUCACGGGGAACCUAGCCAGUGCCAUCUUCCUGCCCUACAGAGCAGAGGUGGGUCCUGCUGGCUCUCAGUUUGGCAUCCUGGCAUGCCUGUUUGUGGAGCUCUUUCAGAGCUGGCAGAUCCUGGCUCAGCCAUGGCGGGCAUUUGCUAAGCUGCUGUGUGUGGUCUUGUUCCUCUUUGCAUUUGGGCUACUGCCCUGGAUUGACAACUUUGCCCACAUCUGCGGCUUUGUGUCAGGCUUCUUCCUUUCAUUUGCCUUCCUGCCAUAUAUAAGCUUCGGCCGCAUGGACAUGUAUCGCAAACGCUGUCAGAUCCUCGUCUCACUCACACUCUUCCUAGGCAUCUUCUCUGGCUUUGUGGUGCUCUUCUAUGUUUACCCCAUCAAGUGUGAGUGGUGUGAGCUGCUCACCUGCAUUCCCCUUACGGACAAGUUUUGUGAGAAGUACGACCUGAACGCCCAUCUCCACUGAUGGAGCUACAGGAAGGUGGAACAGUGUUUUGAAGGACAGAAGGGAUAUUAAUUAGCUCUAAACAACGAUGUCUUGUU